AUGCUCCUGGGAAUGUAUACUGAAGACAUUCUCACCGAGGGUCAUUCAAGAUUUGGGCUGGUGGCUGUGGCGACAGCCAGAGCAGUGGACCGUAGGGGUGCAUGCAGUCCCAUCAUAGAGGACGAGCUGAGCUUCUCGGACAUCUAUUACUCCCCGUCCUGCUGCAAGUUCUGCCUCAGCUGUCCUUGGCUCUCACUGCACUCACUCACCAAUGUCACCUGCUCCAUGUGGUUGGUGCUCUUCACCCUCUGCGAGAACAGCAUGAUUCUCUCCGCUGCCAUAGUCAUCACCCUCAGAGGCCUGCUUGGUUACCUCCAUUUUGUGAAGCUUGAUCAGAAGACUCUGUUAAUCACUGAUUCCCUUGGCAUCCAGAUGACUUUAUCCUAUGCCUCUGGCAAAGAAAGCACCACCCUCAUUGGGGUGGGCAAGGUGAAGGAUGUUAUCAUUAAUGAGGCUAUUUACAUGCAGAAGAUGACUGCCUAUCUCUGCAUUUUAUUGAAUGAUCCGGUGGAACCAAAUGGGAUAUCCCAAGUAGUACCUGUCUUCCAGAGUGCAAUGGACUGCUUGAUUGACGUGUACAGGAGCUGUCAGGAGACCCUGGCACACCAGAAAGCCACAUCCACAAGCCCAUGCGCCCGGCUUUCAGAAGGCCCGUACUGUCUUCCAUGGGAAAUGACUCCUAAGCCCCCGGGUGGUGUAUUUUCUGUAUUCAAACCAUCAUGUGGACACGGGCCUAGGAACCGGGAUGGAAGCAGUGGACCUGAGACACAGAGCAGGUGACUGGAACCCAGCUCACUGUGUGAUG